GAACUAUGCUCUUUGAUUUACGACCUGAUUGGACUGUAAAAGAACUUGCUCCCGCCCACCUUCCAUCCGAUUGGUUAAGAAUCAAAGCACUCCUCGAUCCAUUGGCUAAUGGUGGCUUCAAUAUAUCUACGUUCCUAAUGCAUCGCCCCUGAGCAAAAAGCUGCGGCUUCACUGACUGUGACGGGAAUGUCCUUCCCGGGCGCAUUAGAUGCUUACGGGUAAUACAUCUACAAUCAGACAUUGGGCGAGUGUGCAGUACAAGCUCAAGAGUGGAUGACAACAGAUCGUUCCUCAGCAUGCCCUGAGCUGGCUGAUCUCAGACCAGAGACGAGACCUCGCUUAGGCUAAAUGUGAAGGAGCUUCCGACAGCUGUGGCCUGAAGGCAUUUCAAUUUCUGAGAUGUCAGUCAAACGAGCAGACGGGAUGUCCAUCGCCCAGGCUUUGGCCAUGACUGUUGCUGAGAUACCAGUGUUUCUCUAUUCCACAUUUGGGCAGUCCAUAUUUUCUCAGUUAAAACUUACUCCCAACUUGAAGAAGGUGUUGUUUGCCACAGCACUGGGCAGUGUAGCUCUGGCUCUCACCGCUCACCAACUGAAAAGGCGGGGGAGAAAAAGGAAGCAGGUAGCACAAGGGAAGGAGGGGCAGAAGACAGUGGGAAUACCUGCGGCGCUGAUGAGGACAGGAAGACCCUCAUCAUUAAAGAGAGGCCCGUUUACUGGCCGACAGAUGAUUAGUCCCAGCACUCGGAGCAAUGACACCAUGAGUGGAAUUUCUUCCCUGGCCCCCAGUAAACACUCAAGUUCCUCACACAGCCUGGCAUCUACGCGGGUCCCAAACUCUCCAAAUCAAUCUGCCAAUCCAUCCACCCCCUGGGAAGCGGAGCCUGUGGUGGAAGAGUUGGGGGCAAUAGAGGAUGCUAAUGCAGAGAAUCUCUAUAUAAUGGGAAUGGAGCUGUUUGAAGAAGCUCUACGAAAGUGGGAACAGGCCCUAAAUAUUCGGCCUCACACAGACUCGACCUCCAGCAACAACAGCCUCGCUCUGCAAGGGGCAGCGUGUGGAGACUUUUCUAUGGUUGAAACCCGUAAUAAAGGUUUUGCUGAGAAGUUGGAGACACUACUGCACAGGGCAUACCACCUACAAGAGGACUUUGGCAGCAGUAUCCCAACAGACAGUGUGCUGGCAGACUUUGUCAGAGUUUGUGGUGUUCCUUUGGCAGAGAGUGAAGGAACUCUUAUCUUACCUCAUGUGGAGAGUUUCCAUAGACUGCAAGAUGAUGAUGCGACUACUGUUACCUCUGACCAGUCCUUCUUCUCGGCUGCAGAGCUGUUUGAUGCCAUGUCUUUAGAAGAUGUCUACCAGCCACUUAAGCCAGCAGCUCUCUAUGAAGAAGCCUUGUCUCUGGUCCGGGAGGGCAAAGUGUCCUAUAGGUCCCUGAGAACUGACUUACUUGAAUGUUUUGGUGACCAGGACUUCCUUGCUAAACUUCAAUGUGUGAGACAAGCAUUCCAGCUUCUGUUGCUAGAUGAAACUCACCGCACAUUUUUCAUGGAGACCGGGAAGCAAAUGAUUGUAGGGUUGAUGGUGAAGGCAAACAAGAGUCCCAACGCCUUCCUGGAGAGCUAUGAGGACAUGCUGCUUUACACUAAGAGAGAGGAAACGUGGCCCGUCACUAAGAUGGAACUGGAGGGCCGAGGGGUGGUGUGUAUGAACUUUUUUGACAUUGUGUUGGACUUCAUCCUGAUGGAUGCAUUUGAAGACCUGGAGAACCCUCCCUCUUCUGUUGUAGCUGUGUUGAGGAACCGUUGGCUCUCUGACAGCUUUAAAGAGACGGCUCUGGCAACUGCUUGCUGGUCUGUCUUAAAAGCAAAAAGGCGUCUUCUUAUGGUUCCUGAUGGUUUUAUCUCCCACUUUUAUGCCAUAUCCGAACAUGUCAGCCCAGUUUUAGCUUUUGGGUUUUUGGGCCCCAGACAGCACCUAAGUGAAGUUUGCACUAUUUUCAAGCAACAAAUCGUGCAGUACCUGAAAGAUAUGUUUGAUCAUGACAAGGUGCGCUUCACCUCUGCUCAGUGCUUGGCUGAGGACAUCCUGAGCCUUUCCCACCGCCGGAGUGAGAUUUUAUUAGGGUAUCUGGGAAUCAAUAACCUGGAGCUCAAUGGUGCCCCGCCCAGAGACACAGAGGGCUCUUCCAGGCCAGUCUAAGACAACUAGGCUCACUAAUGGCUUCACUGGGCUUGUACAGGCCAAUUGCACUGGGCUGACUAGUAAGAAAUGGCAGGCACUCGCAGCUCUACACUCAUUCUGUAACUACAUUAAGACUGGAUAGAAUCAUGCUCCUGUGAUACACUGAGAACCAGCAUCAUUCACUGAUUUGUGUCCAUCAAACACAACUUACUGUGAGAGGAUACAUUUUCACCAGAUUUACAGUAUCAGUGGUACUGAGGGAGACCAGUUGGAUAACAUGAUUCCAUAUCUCGUUUGUUAUCAGCUGCUGUGCGUAUCACAAAUGCCUACUGUAGUCAUGUAAUCUCAGACGUGUGAGGACUUGUCUUUGCCUUGUUUGGCGACAUGGAUACUUUCUAAAAACACACCUAAAUGAAUGGCUCCCAACACAUGAAGACUGGGCCUUUUACUUUAUUAAUUCGAUCGAGUCUCUUCAGAGAACCAGUGUUUGCAUUGUGAUCUUCCAUUCAUCUGACUUCUGGGAUAUCAUAGUCUUCAAUAUUGUGUGAAAAGGAAUGGUGCGAGAGUCUGUCGCCAAAAUCGUUUGUAUCUUUUAUAUUAAAGGGGGAAGGAUAUUUGUUAAAA